UAGCAGGCCGAGGCUGACGGACGGAGGCUGCAUCUGUGCACAGCAGGAAUUUGGCUUCCCAGCUGAGGAGCGAGGAGUUCGGAAAGGAGGAGGAUAGAAAUUAAAAACUGACACAGAGCGAGGGAGGUGGGGAGGGGGGAAAAAAACCUGGCACCGCUUCAAAUGACUCCACGGGAAGAAUGAAAGAAGUAGCUGUGGGCUUCCUGCCAUCCAACAUGUCUUCAGAGGAGAGCGCCGCGAGAGACAUGGCUGAGAGUGAGACGGAUUGUUCUGAGGGACUGGAUGAGGCUGUCCUGGGGCGCAUUGCCAGCUUACCUCUGGAUCCUUUCCCACCCAGAGACUUCAGAGGGAAGUUUAAAAAGAUGCGCCACAAGAAGAGACCCACCAUACUUGAAACGUCGCCCGUGGGGAACGGGUACAGUAAGCCCCCCAUCCCUCCGGUCUGCUGUCCCCAGGGAGAGAAAGGCCCGCCGACCAUGAUGCCCAUCAGCGUGGACCCGGAGAGCAGGCCGGGCGAGUACGUCCUCAAGAGCCUGUUCGCCAACUUCACCACGGUGUCGGAGCGCAAGAUCCGCAUCAUCAUGGCCGAGCCGCUGGAAAAGCCAUUGACCAAGUCGCUACAGAGGGGAGAGGAUCCACAGUUUGAUCAACUGAUAAGCACCAUGAGCUCUUUGGCCGAGUACAGUCUUCCCUCCAUCCUGCGCACUUUGUUCGACUGGUACAAGAGGCAGAACGGGCUGGAGGAGGAGCUGCACGAGUACCGGCCACGAGCCAACACCAAGUCCAAGAAUGACGAGCAGCAGAGAGAUUAUCUACUUGAACGGAGGGAUUUGGCCAUCGACUUCAUCUUCUCUCUUGUACUCAUAGAAGUUUUGAAGCAGAUGCCGCUUUACCCCGUCCUUGACAGCUUGGUCAAUGAAGUCAUUAACUUAGCCUUUAAGCACUUUAGAUACAAAGAGGGGUAUCACGGUCCCAACACUGGUAACAUGCACACUGUAGCAGACCUCUAUGCAGAAGUCAUAGGAGUCCUGGCACAGUCCAAGUUCCCUGCUGUGAAGAAGAAGUUCAUGACUGAGCUGAAGGAGCUGCGGCAGAAGGAGCAGAGUCCGUACGUGGUGCAGAGCACCAUCAGCCUCAUCAUGGGCGUCAAGUUCUUCCGAAUUAAAAUGUAUCCGGUUGAGGAUUUCGAAGCCUCCUUUCAGUUCAUGCAGGAGUGUGCUCAUUAUUUCCUGGAAGUCAAGGACAAGGACAUUAAACACGCCUUAGCUGGCCUUUUUGUCGAGAUCCUGGUUCCUGUUGCGGCUGCUGUGAAGAACGAGGUGAACGUACCCUGCCUGAGGAACUUUGUGGACAGCUUGUACGACACAACCCUGGACCUGUCCUCCAGAAAGAAGCACUCGCUGGCGUUUUACCCGCUGGUGACGUGUCUGCUGUGUGUCAGCCAGAAACAGUUCUUCCUCAACCGAUGGCACGUCUUCCUUAACAACUGCCUCUCAAAUCUGAAGAGUAGAGACCCUAAAAUGGCUCGCGUUGCUUUGGAGUCCCUUUAUCGACUGUUGUGGGUCUACAUGAUCAGAAUCAAGUGUGAGAGCAACACAGCAACACAAGGUCGCCUUAACAACAUCAUAACCACGCUGUUCCCCAAAGGAUCUCGAAGCGUGGUGCCCAGAGACAUGCCUCUCAACAUCUUUGUGAAAAUCAUCCAGUUUAUUGCACAGGAAAGGCUGGAUUUCGCCAUGAAAGAGAUUAUCUUUGACCUUCUUUGUGUGGGGAAACCUGCAAAAGCCUUUAGUCUUAACCCAGAGAGAAUGAAUAUCGGUCUGCGAGCGUUCCUGGUCGUGGCCGAUAAGCUGCAGCAGAAGGACGGCGAGCCUCCCAUGCCGAACACCGGCUGCACUCUGCCGUCUGGGAACACUCUGCGAGUGAAGAAGACAUACCUGAGCAAAACGCUGACAGACGAGGAGGCCAAAGUCAUCGGGAUGUCGCAGUACUACUACAGUGUGCGGAAAGCCAUUGAUAACAUCCUCAGACAUCUGGAUAAGGAGGUGGGGCGCUGCAUGAUGAUGACCAAUGCUCAGAUGUUGAAUAAGGAGCCUGAAGACAUGAUCACGGGUGAGAGGAAGCCGAAAAUCGACCUGUUUCGGACGUGUGUUGCGGCCAUUCCUCGCAUCCUGCCUGACGGGAUGUCCAAGCCGGAGCUCAUAGACCUGCUCUCACGACUGACCAUCCAUAUGGAUGACGAGCUUCGACUCAUCGCCCAGAAUUCCUUGCAAAGUCUGCUGGUGGAUUUCCCCGACUGGCGCGACGACGUCCUGUUUGGAUUCACAAACUUUUUGCUCCGCGAGGUCCAGGACACCCACCAGGGCUUGUUGGACACGUCCCUCAAGCUGCUGCUGCAGCUGCUCACGCAGUGGAAGCUGACCCUGGCCGCUGCAGGGAGGAGCCACGACGCCACUAAGCUGCACGCCGUGGAGUUGCUGCAGACCAGCUCCAGUCUGAAGAUCCCUGCAGAGCGAGGGCCGCACUCCGCCGUGCUGCACGCCGUGGAGGGACUGGCCGUCGUCCUGCUGUGCUCCUGCCAGCUCAGCACCCGCAGGCUGUCUGUGGCCAUCCUCAAAGAGAUUAGGAGUCUCUUCACAACCAUCGGACAGUCCGAGGAUGAUGAUAAACCGAUGAUCGAGGUUAUGGAUCAGCUCAGCCCUGUUAUCAUGGACAGCUUUGUCAACGUGGCGGUGUCGGACACGACCGUCCUGCCGGCCGGCCACGCCGUCGACCUGCAGUGGCUGGUGGAGUGGAACGCGCUGCUGGUCAACAGCCACUACGACAUCCGGAGCCCGUCGCACGCGUGGAUCUUCGCCCAGUCCGUGAAGGAUCCCUGGGUCCUGUGCGUUUACAGCCUCCUCCGGCAGGACAACCUGCCCAAACACUGCCCCACCGCGCUCAGCUACGCCUGGCCCUACGCCUUCACGCGCAUGCAGGCGCUCAUGCCGCUUGUUGAUCCGAAUAAUCCAGUGUAUGCGAAGAAGACCAGCACCUCUGGCAGUGGUGAUAAUUACGUCACGCUGUGGAGGAACUACCUGAUCCUCUGCUUCGGCGUGGCCAAGCCCAGCAUCAUGAGCCCCGGCCACCUGAGAGCGUCGACACCCGAGAUCACGGCUGCCGCGCCCGACGGCGGCGUCGGCUACGAUAACAAGGUUAUCGGGAGCCCGUCCGUGGCCUGGCUCCUGAAGCAGUUGGUCCCCCUGAUGAGGGCAGAGAGCAUCGAGCUGACAGAGUCGUUAGUUCUGGGCUUUGGUCGCAGCAAUUCGCUGGUUUUCAGGGAACUUGUGGAGGAGCUGCACCCGCUAAUGAAGGAGGCCUUAGAAAGAAGACCCGAGAACAAGAAGCGACGUGAACGCCGAGACCUGCUGAGACUGCAGCUGCUGCGCAUCUUUGAGCUGUUGGCCGACGCAGGCGUCAUCAGUGACAGUACAAACGGAGCUCUGGAGCGCGACACCCUCGCCCUCGGCGCUCUGUUCCUGGAGUACGUGGAUCUCACCCGGAUGCUGCUGGAAGCCGAGAACGACAAAGACGCAGAAAUCCUCAAGGACAUCCGAGCUCACUUCAGCGCCAUGGUGGCCAACUUUAUCCAAUGUGUGCCAGUGCACCACAGGCGCUUCCUCUUUCCACAGCAGAGCCUGAGGCACCACCUCUUCAUCCUCUUCAGUCAGUGGGCCGGCCCGUUCAGCAUCAUGUUCACGCCGCUCGACCGCUACAGCGACAGGAACCACCAGAUCACCAGAUAUCAGUACUGCGCCCUGAAGGCCAUGUCCGCCGUGCUGUGCUGCGGCCCCGUGUUUGAUAACGUUGGCCUCUCUCCAGAUGGAUACCUCUACAAGUGGCUGGAUAAUAUACUGGCCUGCCAAGAUCAGAGGGUCCAUCAGCUCGGCUGUGAAGUGGUCAUCCUGCUCCUGGAGCUCAACGCCGACCAGGUCAACCUGUUCAAUUGGGCGGUGGAUCGCUGCUACACCGGCUCCUACCAGCUGGCCUCAGGCUGCUUCAAGGCCAUCGCCACGGUCUGCGGCAGCAGUAAAAACUACCCCAGUGACAUUGUGACGCUGCUGAACCUGGUGCUCUUCAAGGCUUCAGACACCAACAGAGAAAUCUAUGAGAUUUCAAUGCAGCUCAUGCAGAUUCUUGAAGCCAAGCUGUUCGUGUACUCCAAGAAGAUCGCGGAGCAGAAGCCCAGCAGCAUCCUGUACGGCACCCACGGCCCGCUACCGCCGCUGUACAGCGUGUCGCUGCCUCAGCUCUCCAGCCUGCUGGCCAGGAUGUACCCCGAGCUCACACUUCCUCUGUUCUCAGAGGUCAGCCAGAGGUUCCCCACCACUCACACCAACGGGAGGCAGAUCAUGCUGACCUACCUGCUGCCCUGGCUGGGGAACAUGGAGCUGGUGGACAGCGGCCUGCUGGUUCCCGUCUUCUCCUCGUGCACCUCGGGGUACGACUCCUGCAGUCAGCUGACCAGCUCCAGUUCAUCGCACCAGCUGAAAGGCAGCGGCUGGGGCUCCUUACAGGCGACGUCGAUGGUCCUGAAUAAUCUCAUGUUCAUGACCGCCAAGUAUGGGGAUGAUCUACCUGGCUCAGAGAUGGAAAAUGCCUGGAACGCUUUGGUGAACAAUGAGAAGUGGAGCAGCAAUCUGAGAACCACUCUGCAGUUCCUCAUCAGCCUGUGUGGCGUCAGCAGCGACACCACCCUCCUGCCAUACAUCAAGAAGGUGGUGAUCUAUCUGUGUCGGAACAACACCAUGCAGACCAUGGAGGAGCUGAUCUUUGAGUUACAGCAAACGGAUCCGGUCAACCCCGUGGUGCAGCACUGCGAUAGUCCACCUUUCUAUCGCUUCACCGCCACGAGCAAAGCCUCGGUCGUGGCUUCAGGCACCACGUCCAGCAGCAACACUGUCGUCGCCGGCCAGGAGAGCUUUCCUGACACCGACGACGCCAAGACUCUGAAGGAGAGCGAGGAGAGGCUCAGUCACAUAAUGCGCGCCCACAACCGUCUGGAGUCCCGCUACAGCAACAGCUCCGGAGGAUCUUACGACGAGGAUAAGAGCGAGCCCUUGCCCCCGUAUGCUGAUUGGCUGAUGGUCGUCAUGGAGACCAACCAGCCUCAUCCUCUGCCCAUGCCUGUGACUGGAGGAUGCUGGGCGCCGCUGGUGGACUUUCUGCCGGAGACCAUCACCCCCAGAGGACCGCUGCACAGGUGUAACAUAGCGGUGAUCUUCAUGACUGAGAUGGUGGUGGACCACAGUGUGAGCGAGGACUGGACCUUGCAUCUCCCUUUACUGCUCCAUGCUCUCUUUUUGGGCAUGGAUCACUAUCGUCCAGAAGUGUUCGAGCACAGCAAACAUCUCCUCCUCCACCUGCUCAUCACGCUGUCCUGUAAGAGCAACUUCCAGACCGUCGCAUCGGUCCUGCUGCAGACGCGAGAGAUCAACGUCACCAAAACCCUCACCUGCAGACCGAGCCUUCAGCCGGAGUGUUCGCCCUCAGGAGGAUUCGACUUCCUGCGGGAGUGCCAGGCGUCCCCGGUGCCGGACUCCGGUCUCAGUUCGUCGUCUACGUCGUCCAGCUUGAGCCUCGGGGGCAGCAGCAACAACCUGCCUGAAAUCUCACAGGAGGUGGAGGAGCUGGCGGCCUCCAGCAAAACGGACGACAAGACCAACAAGCUCAUUGAGUUUUUGACCACAAGAGCGUACGGACCUCUGUGGUGUCACGAAGACAUCUCACCGAAGAAUCACGUUUCUAAAAGCACAGCGCAGCUCUCCAACUUCCUCCGGCAUGUGGUGUCCGUGUUCAAAGAGUCCAAGUCAGAUUUCCACCUGGAGCAGCAGCUCAGCGACGUGGCGCUGCAGACGGCGCUGUGCAGCUCGUCCCGCCACUACGCCGGCCGCUCUUUCCAGGUGUUUCGAGCCCUGCGUCAGCCCGUCUCCUCCCACGCCGUGUCCGACCUGCUGUCCAGGCUCGUGGAGGUGGUCGGCGAGCACGGAGAAGAGGUGCAGGGCUACGUGAUGGAAGUUUUACUCACGCUGGAAUCUGUGGUCGAUAACUUGGCCGAAUGUCUGAAGAACAGUGAUCUUAUGGCCAUAUUGACGAGAGCCUCAUCUCCUGAUUUCCUCGCCAGCCUCAAGCUGCUGUCCAACAGGAAGAGCACCGGCCAGCUCAAUCUGAGACGAGAGGAGAAGAGCAGACACCAGAGGAGCUCCUCCGUGCCCAAAAAGUUUGGCGAGGCCGACAGGUGGUCGGAUCCGCCUCGCAGCGCCACCCUGGACCGGAUUCAGGCCGGCGAACAGCAGGUUCUGCUGGCCAAGAUGCGCAGCUCGUCCUCCUCUAAAGACAACGUCGCCGACCCGACCAGCGUCAACCACCCCAGCAACCUGCUGGCCACCAUCUUCUGGGUGGCGGUGUCGCUCAUGGAGUCGGACUUUGAGUUCGAGUACCAGAUGUCGCUGAGGCUGCUGAACAAGCUGCUGGCCAACCUGUCGCUGGACAAACAAGAGAACCGGGAGCGGCUGGAGAAGCUGCAGAGCCAGCUGAAGUGGAGCAGCUUCACGGGGCUGCAGCAGCUGCUGCUGAAGGGCUUCACCUCCGGCUCCACCACCGACCUCACGCUGCAGCUCUUCAGCCAGCUCACGCCCGUGUCCCGCGUGCCCGUGGUGGACACGUCUCAAGCCAUCGGCUUCCCGCUGAAUGUCCUCUGCCUGCUGCCUCAUCUUGUGCAAAACUUCGAUGGUCCCACACAGUUCUGUCAAGACGUCGCUGAGAGGAUCGCUCAGGUUUGCCUUGAGGAGAAGAACGCCAAGCUCUCGAACCUGGCUCACGUCAUGACCCUGUACAAAACGCACGCCUACACGCGGGACUGCUUCUCGUGGGUCAACGUGGUGUGUCGGUACCUUCACGAGGCUUUCUCCGACAUCACGCUCAGCCUGGUCACCUACAUGGCCGAGCUGUUGGAGAAAGGCCUUCCCAGCAUGCAACAGACACUUUUACAGAUCAUCUACAGCCUCCUCAGCCACAUGGACCUGAGUGGGAUCCAGGCCAAACCCUUCAACGUGGAGGUGCUGAAGACCAUCGAGAAAUUUGUCCAGACGGCCCAUUGGAGGGAAUCGCUGAAUAUCCUGAAGCUGGUGGUUUCUCGCUCGGCCAGCCUGGUGCAGCCCUCGUUCCCGCAGAGCGACCUCUCCUACGAGGACAUCAGUCGCGUUUGGGACCGCUCCUCCAAGGCUCUGCCCGGCAAGACGCUGGACUUCCACUUUGACAUAUCCGAGACGCCAGUGAUUGGCCGGCGGUACGAUGAUUUGCAGCGCUCUCCGGGCCAGGACGUGAAGAGCAGGGCCACGGCGGUGACACGCAGCACCUCCUCCACCUCCUCAGGGUCCACCACCAACAACGUGCUGGUGCCCGUCAGCUGGAAGAGGCCUCAGUCUUCACAGAAGAGAACCCGGGAAAAACUGGUGAAUGUUUUGUCUCUGUGUGGACAAGAAAAGGGCCUGACGAAAAACCCCUCAGUGAUCUUCUCCAGCUGCGGCGAGCUGGACCUCAUGGAGCAUCAGCCCAGCCUGGUGUCGUCCGACGACGGCACCCGGGAGGCCGACAACAUGGACGACACCACCUCGGAGCAGCAGUUCAGGGUCUUCAGGGACUUUGACUUCCUGGACGUGGAGCUGGAGGACGGAGAGGAGCUCCAGGGAGAGACGGUGGACAACUUUAACUGGGGCGUGCGCCGGCGCUCCAUGGACAGCCUGGACCACAGCGACCUGCAGCCGCUGGAGGAGAGCCAGCUGUCCAGCAGCAUGCCCAGCCUCAGCAAGAUCGCCCGCGAGGACUCGGACGAGUCGUCCGAGGAGGACUCCCUCACUGCCAGCCAGAUCCUCUCACACUCGCAGCUCAUUGUCAACCUGUCUCCCACGGCAGAGAACAGUAGCAUGGACUCGUCCUCGGCGUUUUUUGACACAACCUCGGCAGACUCGACUCCUCUGAACACCAAAAACCCCAGUUUCGAGGUCCAACUGCCAGAGGACUCGAAGCAGCGGCGUGAUGCGUCACAAGAAGACGAAGACCCCAACGUCCCCGAGGACGACCUCUCGCUGUCCAUCAGCGAACUCCCCUCUGAAUAUCAGUGCGAUGACAGUCUGGUCGUGGACGACAAAGGAGAACUCGACCCCGAGAACUUCUUCCCAAGCCUCGCCGAGGAAGAGCGAGACGAGGCGCUGGAGUCGCGCUCCUCGCCGCCUCCGUCGCCUUUCUUCUCCGCCAUCCUCGCCGCCUUCCAGCCGACGGUGUGCGACGACGCCGAGGAGGCGUGGAGGAGUCACAUCAACCAGCUGGUGUCGGACACGGACGGCUCCUGUGCGGUCUACACCUUCCACGUCUUCUCCUCGCUCUUUCAGAGCAUUCAGACCAAAUUCUGCUCCCUGACCUGCGACGCUGUGAGUUACCUCGGCGACGGCCUGAGAGGCUUGGGAUCAAAGUUUCUCAGGUCCUCCCAGAUGCUCACGUACUGCUCCGAGUGUCCCACGCUGUUUAUCGAUGCAGACACAAUCGUGUCGUACGGACUGUUGGAGAAAAUGAAGUUCAGUGUUCUGGAACUUCAGGAAUAUCUUGAUACUUACAACAACAGAAAGGAAGCAACUCUCACUUGGUUGAACAACUGCAAAGCCACGUUUCCCAGGAGCGCCGGAGGAGCCGUGAUAACAUGUCAGCCGGUGGAACACGAGGAAAAGCAAAUGGAAUCUCUGGCUCAACUGGAACUUUGUCAAAGACUCUACAAACUCCACUUUCAGUUAUUGCUGCUUUUUCAGUCCUACUGUAAGCUGAUUGAACAGGUCCAUGCAAUCAGCUCCGUUCCCGAGCUGACGAACAUGUCCAAGGAGCUGAAUGAUUUGAGGAGCAGCCUGAGAGGAGCGGCGGCCUCGGUGACCUCUGUGACCCCGGCGAGCUCCUGCUCUGAGCCCGCCUUCAGCUCCUCUGAAGCCGCGGUGCAGGCCGUCCUGGAGGCUCUGAAGAACGGCGAGUUUCCGACGGCCAUCCGCCACAUUCGCGAGUGCAGAACAACGUGGCCGAAUGACAUCUUUGGCAGCGACUCUGAGGACGAGGUCCAAACGCUGCUGAACAUCUACUUCAGACAUCAGACUCUGGGUCAAACGGGAACGUUUGCUCUGGUGGGCUCAAAGCAGGACCUGACAGAAAUCUCCGUGAAGCUGAUGGAGCUGAACGGGGAAACUCGAGACAUGAUCCGGCGGGCGCAGGGCUACCGAGCCAUCACGGCCUUCCUCCCAGACUCCAGGGUUUCGGGUUCGACUCUCUGAUCUCUCCUCCAGCUGCUAGCAUCUCAGUGAUUAACAACAACAGUGCUCUCUCCUGGGAAUAAUCCAACCCCUGUUUCCUCCUCUGGCUCGGGAUUCAUCAGAAUGUCAUGAACUCAGAUCACCUGACGUGCAGCAAUACUGUCGUUUUAUUUUACUUUUCCAAAUAUGAGUGACUUUGCUGUUGUAAACAAAGUUAGGUUUUUAUUGCACUAAUGAUAGAAACUGUCCCGCAGCUACUGAGGUCAACAGAUUGAACAUACGACAUACCAAAGCUAAGCGAUUCUCUUCCUGUUGUGUUGUUUGUAACUGUCAAGGGAAACGUGCAAUCCUUCACUGAAGUGAAAAACCUUCACUGUCUCCUGAAAGAAUGUAUUUAAUAUCAUAACAUUGGAAAACGUGAAAACUGUCAGUACACACAAAAAAAGAAAAAAGGGAGGUGACACUGCUUUGUUCAAGCAGUGGGUGUUUUGUGUGUGUGUUCGUGUGUGGAUGUGUGUUGUGUGAGUGUGGAGAUUUGAUCCUGACGACCAUCAUGGGUGGAAAUGUUGCAUUACGUCAUUUCACGUUCAGCUACUUUGACAUGCUGCAGAUCUACUGUAACCUAUCUCAAGCCUGCCAGCAGCUGCGUGGGCCUCCUGUUACUUAAUACAUCUUACUGUACCUUUAACUGUGCAGCUUUUAGCAGAUAGAUAAAUUAUUUAUAUUGUAUGCGAGAGAGAGAGAAAAAAAGAAGCUUUUAUCAGCCUAGAUUUAUAGAAAAAGAAUAUUUUGUUUCAUCUGGUAAAUCUGCCAAGCUUGCAAAUUCUAUGUAUUAUACAGUGUAAUAGUAGAGUUUAUGAACAAAGACAGAUGUUAUUUUAACUGAAGAAUUGUACAUAGUGAAAAUGGGAGCUUUGCUAAAACUCACAAGAUUGUAUUUUUCUGACGUUCCAGUUUGAGUUGCAUUCAGAGUGAGUAGCUCCAUGUUUGUAAAGAGUUGCUGUAGCUUCUCGCCUUGUAAAUACGACUGCCUUUGCAUUGUACUGUAUUUUGGUGUCAUGCACACUUGUAUAACAACAUAAUAAAACUUACAUUUGGUAA